UCGCAGCACCGAUCGCCAGUUCACACUCAUUUCGAACCAGUGAUAAGUCGUGUGUGGAGCUAACGAACUAAAAUUCUUUCCAGUUUUCAACUUCACAGUUUCGGCCGGAUACAUUACGACACGGAAAGCUGCCAAAUGGGAAUGGAGGAGUAUUCGCGUGAGCCCUGCCCCUAUCGCAUCGUCGACGACUGUGGCGGCGCCUUCGCCAUGGGCUGCUUCGGAGGCGGUCUCUUCCAGGGGCUGAGGGGAUUCCGGAACGCGCCGCAGGGCCUGCGCCGCCGGUUCGCCGGGGGAAUGGCCGCGGUGAAGGCCAGGGCGCCGACUGUCGGCGGAGGCUUCGCCUCCUGGGGCUUCAUCUUCAGCAUCGUGGACUGCGGCCUGGUGCAUCUGCGCAAGAAGGAGGAUCCGUGGAACUCCAUAGUGAGCGGGGCAGUGGCUGGCGGGGUCCUCUCCUCGCGGAACGGGGUGGCGGCCAUGUUCGGCAGCGCCAUCGUCGGCGGAGUUCUGCUCUCGAUGAUCGAGGGCGUGGGCAUCCUAUUCACCCGCAUCUCGGCCGAGCAGUUCCGCAACCCCGACCCGCAGUCGGCGGAAGGCUUCGGACUCGGAUUUGGGUCUGCGGCUGCAACUGGAUCUUCACCUGGAUCUUCAAGUGGACCUCCAUCCCGAUCUCCAGCCGGCGAUGCUAACCCUCCCGCGGGCUUUGUGUUCUCCCGGCGUCCAGCGGGCCAGUGCCACUAGCCAUAGCCAUAGCAACCGUUUCGAACUCCCAGUUUCAAUCGCAAGUCCAAUUUUUAUUCGAUCGAUUUCGUGGCCCCCAAACUCGGUUAGGAGUCCAAAUUUCAAGCUUAUGUUUGUAGGCUUCAAUACAAAUUAACUAGAUUUUA